UGUCACGUGACUUUAGCCCCACCUAGGAAGUGGCUGCUGCUAGUUAGCGGCGUUACAGAACUGUGGAGGAAUCGGGCUGCCGCGUGAGUUAAGUAGUGUCUCUGAGGAGGAACCGACUCCUUUGGGUUUCCUGGAGACGUGGUUCGGUCCCGUGGAAGCUGUAAGUGAACCUGGGACAGAGAGGUCGGCGCUGAGUGAGACUUGUGAAGGAGAAGCUGUGUCAUACGGCUUUGUUGUUGGGCUGCUAACCUUAAAGAAGUUCCGCCGAUAAAAAAUCUGUUUCCUCCGCGAAAAAAGACUCCACCAUGCCAAAGGAAGCAGACCGCUUUGAGGGUGGAGGAGACGAGGAGGCAAAGGAUGCCUCUGAGGACACGGUGAGAAAAAGGGCCCGUGCUAACCCUCCAAGCCCUCACAGAGGGAGUACUCCUCAGGCCAGCCCACCCAGGGUUGUCUCUGCGGAGGAGCUGAUGGAAACGGCUAAAGGAGUCACCAACAUGGCUUUAGCUCAUGAAAUUGUGGUCAACCAGGCCUUUCAGGUCAAACCUACGGAGCUUCCUGAAGGAAGUUUGGAGCGCAAAGUGAAGGAGAUCAUGCACAAAGCCUUCUGGGAUUGUUUAGAGGCUCAGCUGAAGGAGGAUCCACCUUCGUACGGACAUGCUAUCAAACUUCUGGGAGAGAUUAAGGAGACACUGCUGUCAUUCUUGCUGCCAGGCCAUGGCCGCCUGCGCUCGCGGAUCGAGGAGGUUCUGGAUUUACCUCUCAUCCAGCAGCAGGCGGAAAACGGAGCUCUGGACAUUGCUCAGAUUUCCCAGUUCAUCGUUGGAAUGAUGGGCUCUCUGUGCGCCCCCUGCAGAGACGAGGACAUCGAUAAGCUGAAGGAGAUCACGGACAUUGUGCCUCUGUUGAAGGCCAUCUUCUCUGUGCUGGACCUGAUGAAGGUGGACAUGGCUAACUUUGCCUUGAGCAGCAUCAGGCCUCAUCUCAUGCAGCAGUCGGUCGAGUACGAGAGGAACAAGUUCCAGGAGUUUCUGGAGAAACAACCCAAUGCCUUAGACUACACUGAGAAGUGGCUGAAGGAAACUGUGAAACACCUGAGAGAAUCGGAUGCAUGUGGCGCUGCUUCCCAUCAGUCUUCAUCCCUUGUGCACCUAAAUGUUCACAAUCAUGCUUAUCUCCGCCUGCUCAGGUGGGACCAUGCCUCCGACCCCUUUCCAGAGACCGUACUGAUGGAUCAGACUCGCUUCCAGGAGAUGCAGCAGGAGGCCGAGCGGUUGGUUCUGCUGGCCUCUGUGCUCCUGAUUGUCUACACAACAACAGGAGAGGCCAUCUCAGGCCUGCCCGGACUGAUGGAGACCCUUAAAAACACUGUCGGUGUCAUGCUUGCAGACAUGCGUGUGCCGUCAUUUAGUAUGCAGGAGGCCUUGGCGACCGUUGGGGAGAAGCUGUGUGUGGAGCUGAGUCGCUGUCUGAGCCAGCACGGCUUCUCUCCAUUCCCAGCCGACCGUGAGAGCUCCCUGAAGGGCCAGAUCUCAGCCGUCGCCCAGCCAGACAACGCUGUCCGUAAGCUGAUGGACGCUCGAAUUCAGAGCUACCUCCUGGCUGCGCUGGAGUCUAGUCAGCACAAGACCCCUCCUCCCCUCCCAGGAGGUCUGGCUCCAGUCAGCAGGGAGCUCAAAGAGCUCUCGGUUCACUUCGGUCGGCUGGUCAAUUUCAACAAGCUGGUUUUCUCCCCGUUCUACCAAAAGAUCCUCCAGAAAAUCCUGACAUCAGAGGAGGAGAACUCCAACGCAGAGCCCUAAGGAGAGCGUGGUCUGCAGUCCAGCUUUUCCUCUUCGCUGGUAACGGUUAAUCUGAUCUGUAAUCAGUAAGGGAAACCAGAUCUGCAGUGUGCACCUUAAACUCGCCCGGUUAAAAUAAAACAUGUACUCACGUGCAAUAGCUGUUUUCACUAAGAUGUUUAGGAUCACUAGCAGGGAUGUUGUAGAGCUGUUGACUAAGGCUUAUCCUGGUUUCUGUAAUCAGUAAAAUAGUGAGGAAUUCAAACAAUGUAGUAUGCUCCACCAAACCAGAAGGUGUUUAUUUGUGACACGAUCAGGACGUAUCGCAGCCUGUUGCAGUGCAACUUCUCUAAAACUGGCCACAAAUGUGUAUUAAAUAAAUGACACUUGAUCUGUGUGUGUGUGUGUGUGUGUGUGUGUGUGUGUGUGUGUGUGUGUGUGUGUGUGUGUGUGUGUGUGUGUGUGUGUGUGUGUGUGUGUGUGUGUGUGUGUGUGUGUGUGUGUGUGUGUGUGUGUGUGUGUGUGUGUGUGUGUGUGUGUGUGUGUGUGUGUGUGUGUGUGUGUGUGUGUGUAAGAGUGUGUGUGUGUGUAAGAGUGUGUCUUAAUCAGCACUCACACCCCUAAACAGUCUGACCACAAAGACAAAUUUAUUUAUAACCUUACAUUUCACAGCGGAUCCCUUUUGGUCAGGAUUUUCUAAUUCAAUUCAGUUCAAAAAUACUUUAUUAAUAUUGCUGUAGUAGCUCAGAAUAAUAAUAAUAAUCAAGUCAUCAAAGAGUUGUUGUAUAUUACAACGGCUGUUGGCAGGAAGGAUCUCCAGUAGCGGUCAGUGUUGCAGCCAAACUGAAGAAGCCUCUGACUGAAGACACUCUUCCGUUGUCGGACAGUCUUGUGAAGAGAAUGCUCAGGGUUGUCCAUCAUUUUCUUGAUUCUCUGGAGAAUCCUUGUUUGCAUUAUCUCCUCCAGCAGUUCCGAAACUCUGGCUGAGUCCUUGAAAGGGCUUGGAGUUCCUCCAUCUUGUUGGCCAGUGAUCUCACAUCGCCCAUUAUGAUCGAUGGAAGAGAUGGUUUGAAUUUCCUCUUUCUCUGUCUCCGUUUAGCUCCCGCUCUGCACCCACGCUUCUUACGUUUUAGCUCAUUUGGGAUUUGUGGCUUCAGUUGAGGUAUUAUUUCAGCCUUUCCAAUGUUAAUCAGCUGCUCCCGAUUGUAAACCAGCUUGUUGCCAUGGUUACGCAUCAUAACAAAUGCUCAAAAAGUGAGAAAAGCUAAAAAAAUAGCAGUAAAAAUCCUCCAAGCUUCACAGAACCAGAAACAGAAAAGUAAAAUGUCCAAAAAUAGUUUUUCUUGAGAAACUAGAAGAAAAAAUGCCCAAGAAAAGGCAAAACUUACAUAUAGUCAACAGAGCUACUCGAGAAAAAAAAAUGUAAAGGUCAACUUCACUGAAAUAAAUUCUGAAUAUUUCUGAUUAUAAUCAGUCAUUCUGUUUCUUGCAGACUGAACAUGAAAAUAGUCUCCUACACCUACCUCCUGCAGUAGCUUCUGAUAGAAAACAGACGGUGAAACUCUAGGAUUAGAUCUAGGUCACGCUGUCACGACGGGGGAGGCUGUUGUUGGUUUAGCGUUCAGAAAACUGCAGAGAACGUCUCAAAUAGCAGAAGCUAACCGUUAGCAUUAGCAACUCCAUUCAGGGGCGAUUCAGCAUUUCAGGUUUAAGGGUGCUGAGCACCCUGAGAGCUGCCUUGGAGCCAGAGUGCUGCUCUGGUUUUUGCCAGUGGAGGACAUAAACUCGCCGAUCCUUUCAAGGCAACAAUACAUAGUGCACAGUUCCCAGCCAGACAACGUAUGCUGGUGGUGAACGUCAAUGGUUAGGGUCAGAUGUUUUUCAGGGCGGGUUUUCCACAAAGAGGUUAAAUGAAAAGAAAUAAUUACAAACAUCAAAUGCAGAACAAAAAUAGUGGAUUUGUUAUGGAAUUUUACGCUGAAGAUACAACGCCUUCAAUGCCCUCAUUUAAAAACAAAACAAAGGAAAAGUCACCCAGAUUUACUGCAGGAGGCUCAGAUUGGUAUUGAGGACUAAAUGAACGGUAGCUUUUCAAAUGUCGCUUAGUUUUUCUUCAUUUUGAUUUGGCCAUUGUUAAAGAGCAAGUCACCUCCUACCAGAUUCUUACUCAACUCCCACUUCCUGUUUGAAAAAUGCAACAAAUGCGGUUGCCCGGCAGACCGAGAGGGCAGAGCCACUAACAAAUACACACACUCACAGGCUCACAUUGACAUUGUGACAUCAUAAUGUACCAGCUAACAUCAUAGCGCACCUCUUAGCCAAUGGCGGUGGCAAAUUUAAAUUCAAAUGCAGUGCAGAGUUUUUACCUGACAACGGCACAACACUGACAGUUUUAGGCAGAAAAUUUAAAUUUUAACUAAAAUGCACUAAAGUGCAAAACUAUUGACGACACGUGUCUGCAGCACAAUUAGACACACAUUUAUAUAGUUCAUCAGAAAAAAAAGUGGAUUUGGGGGUGACUUGCUCUUUAACUUAUUGGUGAUUACUGUUGGUUUUGUAUGUGUGGAACCGUUUUAUUUUGACACUUUGCUUUUAAUCACAUUUGUUUACCAGAUUAUGUAUUUGUUACACACCCCCAGGCUUAAUUGUUUGUUGUUCUCAUUGAUUACCUUUAUUACCCAGAUAUGCGUCUUUGUCAUGGAGUAUUUAAAUAAAGCAUUGUUUGUCCCACGUGA